AUGACGACGGCCGCUCGACAGCAGCAGCAGCCUCAAACCCUCUUGGCUGCCGACACGUUUGAUCCAGAUGAAGUAGUCCCCCGGGACAGCCCCCUCAUGCAAGCCUUACGUCCUAAACUCGAGCCAUCCCCGAGCCCCUCGCCGGACAUUCCCCUGGCCCAAGUCAGUCUGAGCCCUCCUCCCACUGACGGCUUCAUCAACUCUAAUCGAUCAAAGAUCCGCCCCAGCUCUGGUGACGCCGUGCUUGUUUCCUACCUGGACAAUGGCCGCCAUCCGGACAUUGCCCGUGCCGCAGGCGCCCAGGCCUUGCCCGGCGUCGAUGAAGACGACCAAGGCCAACUUCACCAUCCCCGCCCAUCCUCGUCCAACAUGGCCAUGACGACGCCCAUCCUGCAGCACUUGGCUGCAGACGCUCUUCAAGCCGUCUCCGCGGAGUCUUCGCUCAUUCCCUUGCUCAGGGAGGUGCCAGACAUCUCGACGUCGACGCGCCAACUGUCCAUCAGCGACGAGCGUCACAAGAACAUCUCCGACUAUUCUGCGUCCAUGCAGCCUUCCGGGCCUUCUGUCCAGCUUAAGACGAGUGCCAAGUCGCCCGCGUCGACGUUGAACUCGGCCAGUGGCGAACUUCCCCCUCUUCAAAUGGACUCACCUCAGUCCGAGUCGAAUGGCCAUAGCCUGCCAUCCAUCCGCUCCACCCUCGGUGAUAUCAAACACAUGCCCGCUGAAAAGGAAAUGGCUCCCAUCCACGGCAGCGCACCGGCCUUUGCACGCUCCCCUCCCCUCGCGUCGAGCCCCUAUAGCUACUAUCAAACGAACGGCCUUGGCCAUCGGCCUAGCGUCGAGCUCAGCACCAGCGCCGCCGGCGAAACGCCCAGCACGGAUCACUCUGCCUCUACCCCGGCCACUUCGGCAUCUGUCGCUGAUCGAAUGAGCAUCGACGGCAUCACCAACCCGCAGGUCGGCGUUUAUAUUUGCAACUUCUCGGGAUGUAAUGCGCCCCCGUUUCAGACUCAGUAUCUCCUCAACUCCCAUGCCAACGUACACUCGUCGGCACGUCCGCACUAUUGUCCGGUCAAGGGUUGUCCCCGAAGCGAGGGGGGCAAGGGUUUCAAGCGCAAGAAUGAGAUGAUUAGGCACGGGCUCGUUCAUGACUCGCCGGGCUACGUGUGCCCCUUUUGCCCGGACAGAGAGCACAAAUACCCUCGACCAGAUAACCUGCAAAGACACGUUCGAGUUCACCACAUCGAUAAGGACAAGGACGAUCCCAUGCUGCGGGACGUCCUGUCGCAAAGACCAGACGGGCCAAGCCGAGGUCGUCGAAGGAGGGGAGUGCCCCCCUAA